AGCAGCAUGAGAGGAAGCUGGGUGAAGAGUGAUCAGUAAGAGAAAGGUGAAAUACGACAUAGGUUAACUGGUAUGCAGGCACCGGAGCUGAAGCUGGCAUCCCCAGGAAUCUCUUCUGCAAAGAGCACUAUGUUUUCCAGCCAGAUUUGCAAGACCAAAAAAGCCCCAUAGAAGAGCCUCAGCUGGACAGCAGACAAAAUAAUGACUACACCUAUCUGGCAAGUAUGGGCCAUCUACGUGGUCUUAGCUGGAAACCUCUCUGAAGAGCAAGUGCUGAAGCAGGCUUGUCCUUCAUGUGAUGCCACUCAGCUCUGCAACUGCUCUUCCAUGGGCUUGGACUUCAUCCCUCCAGGGCUCACAGGCAAAAUCACAACGUUAAACCUGGCCUACAACAAGAUAAAGCACAUCCGAUCCCAGGACCUGCAGCAGGCUGUGAACCUGAGAACCCUGCUGCUGCAGUCCAACAAAAUCAGCUCUAUAGAUGAGGAGUCAUUUCACUCCCUUGGGAAGCUGGAGCUCUUGAACUUAUCAAAUAACAGCUUGGCUCACUUGUCCCCUGCGUGGUUUGGGCACCUUUUUUCACUCCAGCACCUCCACCUUCGAGGCAAUUCGUACAGAGACCUGGGGAAAAUCCCUCCCUUUUCUAGCCUGAGGAACCUGAGCUCUCUCCACCUGGGCAACCCAUGGUUCUCCACCAUAAAGCAAGGGAACUUUGAGGGCAUUGAGCUUCUUGACGAGUUGUGGGUUGAUAGUGGUAAUCUCAGUCAGUAUGAGCCAGGAAGUUUAAAAUUGAUUAAGAAGAUAAAUCACAUGAUCAUAAACCUAAGAAAUACAAAUGUAUUCGCAGCUAUUGUGAGGGACCUUCUGCACUCUGUCACUUGGUUAGAAGUGAGAGAAAUAGCAUUCAGUAUUCCUGCUGAAAUGCAACUAUUGAGAGUCAUGUCAUCUUCUUUUGCAAAGAAAAUUUCUUUUAAACAGGCCUUAUUAACAGAUGCUACUAUGCCUGAGAUUGCCAGCAUUUUAGAAGACAUGCCAAAAUUAGUGGAGGUGGAGCUGACAGACUGUAGGUUCUUAGGAACUGGAAGAUGGGAAAUGCAAAUUCAAGCAAAACAAUCACAGACUCUUAGAGUUCUGACAAUAGAGAAAUUGUCUAUAGAAGAAUUUUAUUUGUUUACAGAUCUUCGGGAUGUGGAAAGUCUACUAUCUCUUCUUACCAAAAUCACAGUUCAAAACACCAAGGUCUUUUUGGUACCAUGCAGCCUUUCGAAACAUCUUCAGUCAUUAGAGUAUCUUGACCUCAGUGCAAAUUUGCUUGGAGACCAGAGUUUGGAGCAUUCAGCCUGCCCGGGUGGUUGGCCCUCACUACAAACUCUAAAUUUAAGUCAGAAUUCACUGAGUGACUUAGAAAUGACAAGUAAAAGUUUGUCUCAUCUAAGAAAACUAAUACUUUUAGACAUUAGCCGCAAUAAUUUUGGUGAGAUUCCGGAUGUGUGUGACUGGCCAAAAAACCUGAGAUAUUUGAAUCUCUCCAGCACUCAAAUUCCUAAACUAACUUCUUGCAUUCCCCCAACACUGGAGGUUUUGGACGUUAGUGCUAACAACCUGAAGGAGUUUGGACUGCAACUGCCGUUCCUCAAAGAGCUGUACCUCACAAAAAACCAGCUGAAGACCUUGCCUGGUGCUGCACCCGUUCCUAACUUAGUGGCUUUGUCAGUCAGAAGGAACAAACUCAACAGUUUCUCCAGGGAAGAGUUUGAGUCGUUCAGGAAAAUGGAGCUGCUGGAUGCCAGUGGCAACAACUUCAUUUGCUCUUGUGAAUUCCUCUCCUUCAUCCACCAUGAGGCCAGGAUAGCCCAGGUGCUGGUGGGAUGGCCAGACCAGUAUGUCUGUGACUCUCCUCUGGCAGUGAGAGGGGUGCAGGUUGGAGACGUGCACCUCUCCCUGAUGGAGUGCCACAGGUCCCUCGUGGUGUCACUGAUCUGUGUGCUGGUGUUCCUGGUCAUCCUCAUCCUCGUGGCUGUCGGCUACAAGUUCCACGCGGUCUGGUACCUGAGGAUGACCUGGGCAUGGCUGCAAGCCAAGCGGAAGCCCAAGCGAGCUCCCCCAAAGGACAUCUGCUACGACGCUUUUGUCUCCUACAGCGAGAAUGACUCCGACUGGGUGGAAAACAUAAUGGUGCGGGAGCUGGAGCAGGCCUGCCCCCCCUUUCGGCUCUGCCUCCAUAAGCGGGACUUUGUGCCCGGGAAGUGGAUUGUGGACAACAUUAUUGACUCCAUAGAGAAGAGCCACAAAACGCUCUUUGUGCUGUCCGAGCACUUUGUGCAGAGCGAGUGGUGCAAAUACGAGCUGGACUUCUCGCACUUCCGCCUCUUCGACGAGAACAAUGAUGCAGCGAUUCUCGUCCUCCUGGAGCCCAUCCAGAGUGAAGCGAUUCCCAAGAGGUUCUGCAAGCUGCGGAAGAUCAUGAACACAAAGACCUACCUGGAGUGGCCUCCUGGUGAAGAGCAGCAGGAAAUGUUUUGGUUUAAUUUGAAAAUAGCUCUAAAAUCCUAGACAAGGACAGUAAAGCCUGAAUAUGUAGGAAACGUACAUUGGAUUUGUUUGCCUUGCAUGUUCUUCUCAUCAUCUAUCUUUAUCUUGAGAACAGCUACUGUAAAUUCUGUUACUUGCUGUGAGAUUUUUUUCUUUUUGUAGCAGUGGUCAGGAAUUGUUGUACUGGUUUGGGUUGGAACAAAGUUAUUUUUCUUCAUUAUUGCUUAUAUGAUGCUGUGGUUUGGAUUUGUGAGCAGAACAGUGUUGAUAACAUAGGGACGUCUUAGUUAUUGCUGAGCAGUGCUUGCACAGCAGCAAGGCCUCUUCUGUUUCUCUAGCUGUCCUGCUGGUGACUAGGCUGGCGUGAGACGCAGCUAGGACAGCUGAUCUCAGGUGACCAAAAGGAUGUCUCAUACCAUAUAACAGCAUGCUUGGCAGUAAAAAUUGUGUGAAAGAAGGAGGAAGGGAGAAUGUUUGGAGUGAUGGUGUUUGUCUUCCCUAGUAACUGUUAUGAAUAACAGAGCCCUGCUUUCCUGGAGAUGGCUGAGCAUCACCCUGCUGACAGAAAGUAGAGAAUGAUUUCCUCAUUUUGCUUUGCCUGAGUGUGCAGCUUUUCCUCCACCUAUUGAAUUGUCUUUAGGUCAACCCACAAGUUUUCUCACUUUCACCCUUCUGAACCUCUUCCCCAUUCCACUGUGGGGAGAGUGAGUGAGUGGCUGUAUGGUGCUGAGCUGCCUUCUGGGGUUAAACCACAACAAUUGUCUGUAUACAUUAAUCAGCAGUGUUAGCAGAAGCUGUUUCCUUUAAAUAUGUAAUGGUGAAAAGUUGUUUAGAUAUACAACUAUGUAGUUUAUCUGUCUUUAUCUUUGCAAAAGAUAGGAGAGACCCUGCUUAGCCACAGGUUUUUCUUAAUUCUUUGUAUAAAUCACUUUUAAUCAAAUGCAAUAAAACUUGGCUUAUGCUGCAA